UGAGGGACGUGCGUAGGCGGGACAUCCGCCUACGGCGUCCAAACAGGAGUGUUUUGUAUCCGUUGGAGGGAAAUUUAAUCAAAAUAGACACAACGCGCAUUUCUUCCAUGAUAUUGUUUUCUAAAGUGUACGUGGAACGUGUUUUUAUUUUUUUGUGAAUGAGACAAAUGACGAUUUUUUUUUUUGGGACAAGCGGUAAAAAAUGGAUGGAUGGAUGGACUUUCGACAACCGUGCGGUGACGACACUAUGGUAGUAGCUGUUAGCUUAGCUUGCUAGCUGCUAUGGCUAAUGCUGCUGGUUAGCAUUUGUCACUCCUGUUUGUGCCAAAACGCUACAAAUGGAGAAUAUUGUUGAUGUUUUGUAAACACAUUAUGUCGUCAUGGACCGUAAAAGCAGGAGGCUGGAUAGUCAACUGUGUGCAGCUGUAAAGACAGGAGAACCCAGAUCUGUGCAGCUACUUCUGUCCCAGGGUGCAAUCCCUGACGCUGUGGGAACUAAUGGGGUAGCUGCAAUACACUUGGCUGUGGGCAAAGAGACUGAAAAGAACUUGCGAUGCUUGAAACUGCUACUGCAACAUGGAGCUGACCCAAAUGUUAGAUCAUCAGAUGGCCUAACUCCAAUUCACAUUGCUGCGCUUUGGGGAUGUUAUCAAAACCUGAAGCUGCUUUUAACAAAUGGUGGGAACCCCAACAUAAAAGACAACGAAGGAAAUACACCAGUGGUGCUUGCAGAGCUAGAGGACAAUAGAAAAUGUGCUCAGCUUCUACAAGAUUACCUGCCCAGUUCUGCGAGCACAGAAGAGGAGGACUUGCCUCACUUCAAGUAUUCAUUAUAUUCCGACAACACGGACACAUCUGGCUAUCCUGAGUCCGACUACAGCUUCGGUUCCUACUCCUCGAUGAUAAGUGACCUUGGUGAAGCUCCUUUAAGCAGCACAAGGCGGUCAUCAUUUUUCAAACUUUCCAACUUAAAUGGGAGGCCAAAUUGCAAAGGAAUACUGCAUAACAGGCCCUCUGAUGUGUACACAGAAAAUAAACCUAAUCCACAUUGGAACACUUCUUUACACUGGUCAUCUGAAGAUGCCUCUUUAUUAUCAAGUACUCGCAUGUCCGCAGUAGGAGCCACUGCACCAGACCCUAAGGAUAAUGAUGUGUUUGCUACUGAUGAUGUGUUCCCUCCUGAGGGAAAUAUACCUACCGCUAUAACUGAUGGACCCAGUUCUCCCACUCAGCGCUAUGCUCUCCCUGCAAUUCUAUCCAAACGAGCGAGUCGAAAGAGCGUUAGCUUCUGUAAUGUCGAUGAGUAUUUUCCGGUUUUUAGUUCUGAAUCUCCAAAACAGACACUAGCUGUCAAUGAUACCCAGGCUGAAGGCUAUCUAUCAUUUGACCUGUCAGAGAACUCUGACUUCCUCUAUUCAGAGCAUUUUGCUACUGUUUUGCACAAGCUGGGCGUGGAUGUCACCUCGCCAGAUCAUGUCUAUGUUUUCUGCAGGGAGAGUAGUGAAAGCACAGAUGAGGCUUUGGAGAAAACAGUCAUCAGUCCCUGUACUUUGGAUGACAAUAAUUGUGAAAAGGUUUUAGAGGAUAUAAAGGCACCUCAGGAGAACAUACCAGAAAAGCCAACACAUUGCAGUGGGGCCGGCAGUAGUAGUGGUAGUAACUACAGUAGUUGUGAAAGUGACCAUUACACCAGCGCACUGGAUGUUUCCGUUCACCCCAAACUAUUGUCUGUAUCUGAGAAAACUGCUGCAGAAGUUCCAGAAGCUCAAAGUGAAUGUCCAGUUGAUGUUUGUAAGAUUGAUACAAUGGGCUUGGAUGGUCAUCUUCAUCCAAGCCCAGUUGUUUUAAAGGCUUGCGCUGAUCCUGGAGUAAUUACUUUAAGUAAAGACGAUCAGCCAUUGAAAAACAGUAAAUGUGAUUCCGUUGAAGCCGAAGAACUUACUUUUAUUUCAAGUCCAUUUGUAACAGGCAGGACACGAUCAAGGCAGAGUCGCUGCUCACUAAGGACAAGCAGCAACCCAGAAGACCUCUGUACGUCUUCCCUGUUUGAUGAAACUCUACCUAGACCGUUGCGAACACAACGCCUGACUCCCAGAUCUCAGAAUAGUAACAACUCCUAUAAUUCACCCCGGGUUCCAUGCUACACUCCAAACAAUUUGGACAGACAAGGGUCUGUGUCUGGAGACUACCCUAACACUCAGUUCAGUACCUUCAACGCUUGUGGGAGCUCGAGCCAAGCUGAUACUCUCAUCCUCACAAACAGAGACAGUGACACAGUUGAUCGAUCACAGACUUUCUGUGACACUGUUAUCUUGGAAGAAGAUGACCCCUCAAUGGAUUCCUAUGAAAGAAACCUAGCAGAGGUUAUUCAGGCCAUUCAUCAGCAAAAGCUAGGACGUUGUGAAAGCAGGGAUUUUUUGACUGAUGACGUGACAAAUUCAGAUGACACAACAAAGAAAGCAAAUGGAGCCCGUGAUGAAGGUUGCCAACAAAAGGAAAAUGUUUGGAUCACAGAGGAUGCUAAUUCUCUCCCAGAUUCUGUCUCAUCUUCAUCAAGUUCAAGCUAUUUUUCCCCAAGGAGGUCCAGGCAAGACUCCGACCUCCCGUGCACUUCAGGCACCGGAUGCACUCCCAGGUACAGCAUGAGCCGGCUAUCAACUAACCGCCGUUCGGAGCACCUGGCUAACCUAUCCUACACCCCUGGAGGGCGCCCACAUAUUGACGAUGUUGACAAACCAGUGGAGUACCUCUACACUGAUACAGAACAGGGCCACAAACUGAUCGAGACCCACAUUCCGCCUACAGCUAACACCUCACUCAGUUCCAGCAUGAGCACCACAAGCAGUGAGGAGACUAUCCUCUAUGACUGGUGCUCCAUGCAGUCCAACAACAGGGAGGGUAAGGAGAACCAGGAACCACAGAAGCAACCCCAAAACAAGAAAACCAAUGAGGCUGUGUGCAGAGUGUUUCAGGAAACCGAAGGGAUGACAGACAAGGAGCUGAGGCGUAAGCUUAUUGAGUUUGGAAAGAGUCCGGGCCCCAUUACUAGUCGAACCAGGCCAGUCUAUAUUCGAAGGCUGUGCUGCCUGCUGCAAGACUCACAUUACAAACCAUCAGAGCACCAAAAUCAAGUGGAACAACCCCAAACAGCACAUUUCGGUUAUAGCCCAGAACUAAAUUUGGCACUGAAGACUUUCAAGAUGCCCGUCUGCCAGGACGACGAGCAGGCUUUGUGCCAACAGUUUGACCAACCUAAUCCGAACAGAAAGUGGAGAGAAGGCUUCAUCAAGUCCAGCUUCAACUACCUGCUGCUCGACCCAAGAGUGACGAAAAACCUUCCAUUUCGGAGUCAAACUAUGACUACACAGGAGUGCUUCCAGGCAUUUGUCCAUGCUAUCUUUUAUGUGGGCAAAGGAAAACGCUCCCGCCCCUACAGCCAUCUUUAUGAGGCUUUGGAAUACUACAAAGGAGAUAAGACUUCGAAGAAACUGUGCCCCAAAGUUCAGCAAAUCCUUCAAGUAUGGAACGCCGAUCAGGGAGUCAUCUCUCUGCAUUGUUUCCAGAACGUCAUUCCGGUGGAGGCUUACACAAGAGAGGCCUGCAUGGUAGAGGCCAUCGGGUUGAAGAUGCUCACCAAUCAGAAGCGGGGAGACUUCUACGGCGUGGUAUCAAACUGGCAGUUGAAGAGAAAGCGUGAGCUGGGCGUCCACCUGCUCUACAGAGCCAUGCAGAUAUUUCUGGCUGAAGGUGAGAGACAGCUCCGACCAGCAGACAUCCGACAAUAAAAAAGAAAAAAUUACCUGAAGCUGAAAUGUAAUUAGAAUUUGACACAGACUUUGAUCCUGAUGAUCACAUGGACAUGUAGACACUCAUUUUUAAAAUUUUCUAAAAUGAUGUAUGAAUAAUGUAUUUACUCAUGAAUUACAGCCGUGUGGAAAAUCACUUCAAGAUAUCCUCCAGUGGGAUAGUUUUAUUCCUUAAUACUGCCUUUUUAUAUUGUAAUGUAUUUGUAGCCUUUUCAGGCAGGUCAGUCAAGCCCUGCUUAAUUAGUGUAAUUCUAGUACGAAUGCAGUUCUCCGCUUUGUAAAUCUCAAUCAUGCAAGCAGACAUAAAUUCUGUAACCUUGGUUUCACUCCCACAAUUAGCCACAUAUAAUCAGCACUAGUAUUAGCAAUCGCUUGAUAGGAGUUUUCACUAAUUAUGUAUCAUGGAUAACAUUCUCAAACAAUUCAAGAGCAGAUGUCAUCAACUAAUAUUCACGCAACAUGAAUUCAUUACAUAGAACACACAUUGCUAAGGAUUGAAAGCCUGGAAAUGGUUAUGUUUUGAUCGAAGUACUAUAUAAUUAUUAGUGAUGGUUCAAUUGAUACUGUGGUUUUUGUCUCUAUCAACGAUCUGAAUGGAAGUAAAAAAAAAAAAAUCCAAAGUGUGGCAUAAUUUUGAUCUUACAGUGCCAAAAAUGGUAGAUGUUCUUCUUUUCCUGUUUACCUUUUGGCUCAUUGACCAGAGUUGUGCCUUUCUUAUUCCUUUCUGCGCAGCUAAUCGUUUUUAAAAAACAAAAACAAUAUUUGCUAACUGUUAAAUUGAUUUGCAGGUCAGGUUUGAGCAUUAUGAAACACUAACAUAGUAUCAGUGCAGUGUCAAUACAGCUGAUACUGAGGCAUUGUUUACCCAUCACUAGUAAUUAUUGACUGACCGCAAUAUUGACAUUAGACAGUAUUCAAACAAAUGUAAGGCAUGCUUUGUUUUGUUUCAUCAUGUUUCAUAAUUUAGGUAUUGUUCAAAAGUGAAUCCCUUACAAUUUGUAUACUGAAACGUAGAGCUUUGUUUAUAAGAGGCUAGCUGCUAUGUAGCAUUAGAUUGAAUUAUUGUUUUUUUAAAAAUGGUAAAAUGUUUACAUGGUUUGACUUUGUGUUUUCUGUUAUUUUUUAUUUCAAAAAAAUCAGGUAAGCGCCCACUAAAAUAAACAUGAUUGGGUUUGUAUAACUGGAUGUAUAACACUGUAAUUAUGAUAUGAACUUAUUUGUAGACAAUAGUAUAGCGUGAUAUAGGUUAUUUGUUUCAGACAUGCUUAUUGAUAAGUUACAUUAAGGAAAAUCACAUGGUUACAUUUGCACCAUUAAACAUGUAUGAGAAGGAGUAGGAACAAGCAGAGCUUAUUUAAUCCUACCCCUUCUCUAUGUAUGUUACCGAUAGUUCAUCUACACCAUCAUUUUUACAUUAUGUUUAUAUGGUGUAAUCAAAAAGACAAAUGAACCCUCACUGCUACAUCAUUUUUUAGAAUUAGUCAAAAGUCUUUCUUUGUCGUUGUUUAUGAAUUGUACUUUCUUGUUUUUGUAACCUGCUAUCCUUUGUAUAAAGAAAAAAACAA